AUGGCGUUCUGUCAUGGUCUUCAAUCAUUCUUUGAUCCUCUGCAAGCUAACUCCGAAGCGAUCAAACUCCGCCCUGCCUGUGACUCUUCUGAUUACCCUGACUCUGUUUUCAAUGGAAGCCAUGGCUGGAAUUCUCUCAACUUUCUUUGUAGUCCGGCCAAAGAAAGCGCUUUUCCACCUCCGGCUAUCUGCACGAAGCAAACGCUAGUUAAAAGUUUCAAUCUUGAUAUGUGUACUGAGACACUGGGAUGCGAGACGGGGGCAAUGUGCUCUUCUUAUGAUCAGUUUGAAAUAGCUUCAGCGAAGAAGAAGAAGAAGAACCCGCCUCCGUUACCGACGAUCGCGGUAACAAAGCAAAGAAGCGCUCCGCCGCCACUUACGACGCUAAGCGGGGAGAGGCGACUGAGCCUCGGGAGAAAGCAGGGGGGAGGGAGGCUUACGCUAUUUCCUUUCAAGCCUUCAGUUCUUGAAGCCGAAAGGUCCGGCGGGCGUCUCCAGCUUCGGUUUUUCCGGCGAGAAGGGAUUAAUAAAACAGAGCGGGGAAGAGUAGUAGAGGAAGAAGAAAAAGACGGGGUAGAGGAGAGUGGAAGCUACGAACAUGGCUGUGGAGAGAAGCACAAGCAGGCUGGGAGGUGUAAAGAGGAGGACGAAGGCGUUUUCGACCGGAACUCCGACGCCCGCUGGGUGGCCAGCUCCUGA